UUGGGGGUGAAAUGAUCGGCUCCGCCCUGGGGUCCCCCCAAAACCUGGGCUACGGCCCCGGCAGCAGCCCCCAGAUGAACUCGACGGUGCCGCUGGCGCUGGGGGGCGGCUCCGAGGACGUGAAGCCCCCGCUGGGAAUUCGGGGUCCCCCCAUUCCCAACAAUCCCAACAUUCCCAAUAAUCCCAACGUUCCCAACGUUCCCAACGUUCCCAAUAUUCCCAAUAUUCCCAAUAUUCCCACCAAUCCCUGCGCCCCCCACGGCCCCGGGAAGCGCCUGUGCGCCAUCUGCGGGGAUCGCUCCUCCG